UCCUUUUUAUAAAAUCCUCCCUCCUAAAUUCCAUCCUCCCAUUCACAACCUCCAAUCUUUCUCCUCGAAUACCCAGACACUUUCAUUUUUUCUCCUUCAUUUCAUAAUUUGCCGGCAAAAUGUCGCCGGGGCUUGGGAAAUGCAGCAAAAUCCGCCACAUUGUGAGGCUUCGCCAAAUGCUCCGGCGGUGGAGAAACAAGGCCCGCGUGUCGGCCAGUCGCAUCCCGUCCGAUGUGCCGGCGGGACAUGUGGCGGUCUAUGUGGGGACGAGCUGCAGGAGAUUCGUGGUGCGGUUGACGUACCUGAACCACCCCGUCUUUAAGAAACUCCUUAUCCAAGCCGAGGAAGAGUACGGCUUCACUAAUCAAGGCCCGUUGUCCAUCCCCUGCGACGAGACCGUUUUCGAAGAAGUGAUCCGAUUUAUUUCCCGUUCGGAUUCGGGUCACUCCGGUAAGUUCACGUGCAUCGAGGACUUUAAAGGAAACUGUCACGUAGGAAUCAGGAUUAAUUUCGAUUUGUGGACCGAAUCUCGACCGUUACUUCAUGGGUUCGUUGAGAAAACAAUUUGGUAAUUCAGGAAACAGUGAGAACAAAAAGGAAACCGCUUUGAUUCUUACCCGGGUUUUUUCACUCAGUUCUGAAUUAGCUCGAGUGAACAAUUCAUUAUACGCUGUUGAAGCAAGUGAGUUGGCCGAGUUGAGAAGCUGGUUACUAAUUCAUAGUGGGGUUUUCAUUUUUUAUUUUUUUUUAAAAAAAAAUUGGUUGAUAUUGGGGGCAAAAUGAACCGAGUCAAUAAUGAUAGCUCCGGAAAUGCAUGGAGAUGGCAGAGAAAGGUGGGUGAGCUACCCACCGAGUCGUCCCGAGUUCGAACCGGAAUGGGAGCAAAGGAAAAAGGUAUCGAAUCGAGACAUUGAGACUAUUCAACUCAAGUCUCAAGAAGAAAACAAGAACAAGUAGUUUUGUGUAAAUUCUGAGAUUUAUUGAUUGGUGAAGAAAACAAUGUACAGAUAUUAAUUCCAUCAAUAUGUUCAAUUAUUUCCAUUAUUAAUUUAAUUUUCAAUUUCUUUUUGUUUUUA